GCCGCGGGCUGUCAAUGGCGGAUGAGGAUGACGAUGGAUAGCAGCCCUGUCGCUAGCACGUUAGCACGUUAGCAUGUAGCGCCGCGAAAUUGACGUCGCUGUCGACGCUAACAAGCUCGUCGUCACAAAAGACCUUAGGAGGACAACAUGAGCGGCGGUACGCCCUACCUCGGCAGCAAAAUCAGCCUCAUCUCCAAGGCGCAGAUCCGCUACGAGGGCGUCUUGUACACCAUCGACACGGAGAACUCCACCGUGGCUUUAGCCAAAGAAAAAUGCAUCCAAAUGAGAGAGGCGGCAAUAAAGGCCAGGAACGGCAUUUCCCAUGAAGAAUGCAACCGUCUGUGCGUUCGUUCGGAACCGAGGAUCGGCCCACCGAGCGCCCCGUCCCCCCCCGCGAUGACACCUUUGAGUACAUCAUUUUCCGAGGCAGCGACAUUAAAGACCUGACUGUGUGCGAGCCCCCCAGGCCCAGCGGCUCCCUCCCCCAGGACCCCGCCAUCGUGCAGUCAUCCGUAAGCUCCGCCCCUUUGCCGUCGGCGGCGUCGGCCGCCGCGUCGCUCCCAAACUCCUUCCAGUCGGCCCCUUCCUACGGGCUGUUCAAACGCACCCCCGCCGCCUCCUUCAGCCAAUUCGCUCGCACUCCUCAGCUGCCCCCCCCGCGCUUGGGACCCGCUGUUGGCGGUAGCCGCGGCUGUCCCGCGGACGUGUCGAGGAAGAGCCCCGCGGGUGGCGAGCAGCUCAGAGCGGCUCAGAGCGACUCCGCGACCAAUCCCGGCACCAACCCGGGGGGCCGCCCGAAUCCCCGCCAACCUCGCGCGGCUCCAGCUUCGCGCUCGAGCGGCCAGACUCGGCAUCAUCAGGACGCCGCGGAUGCCAGGAGGGCGCACAACGGCCGGCGAGGCCGAGGGGGCGGCCACCGCGGCAGAGGGCGCUUCAUCGUGCGGCGAGACGGCGCCAGCGUGAAGUUCGACAAGGACUUUGACUUUGAGAGCGCCAACGCACAAUUCAACAAAGACGACAUUGAGCGAGAGUUUCAGAGCAAGUUGAAGCUGAAAGACGAGAAGAGCGAGCCGGCGCUCAACGGCGAGGAGAAAGGCGACCGUCUCGUGAGCGACGACGCGCACCACCGGGGGGGAGGAGAUGCGCCGGGACCAAAGUGCUACUAUGACAAGUCCAAGUCCUUCUUUGACAACAUCUCCUGCGACGACAGCAGAAAAGGCAACGGUUGCGGCGGCGUCUUCCCGAGGGAACGCCGUCAGACGUGGGCGGAGGAGAGACGGAUGAACGCCGAGACCUUUGGCUUACCGCCGCGUCACCAUCGAGGUUACCGGGGGAGAGGGCGGCCCGCCGGCCGAGGGUCCUCGGCCCCGCCUCAAAGGGGCGCUCUCGGGGGAGGAUACCGAGGAAACCAGGCCGGACGGGAGUUUGGAGACAUUGCUGCAGCUUACGGGAAGGAUAAGAAGAUGCCUGCGGAGCGUUGACCAUCAACAAGCUGAAGAUGUUUUUGUCACCAGCACUGCUCGACUGCUGCAGUUUCCUAGAAAAAAAAAAAAAACAAAGCCAAAAAAAAGAGUGUCUGAAGCGAACAAAGCACCCGUCACGUUGCUGGAGUGUUUGCUUGAAAACCUGUCAUGAACGAAAAGUUUUGAGUGGAUCAACAUGAUCUGGUCUUCAUUCACUCCCGAAUGGACGUGCGCCUUGUGAAAUGCAGUCACACAGUUUCAUCGUGUCUUCCGCCAUCUAGUGGGGAAAAAAAUAUUGUUCUGUAAGUCACGAAAUGUCGCUGGCAUAAAUGGGCGGAACAAAGACGUGCAAUUAGUCGUAAAUCAUUUGAGCGGAACAUUAUAAGGCGGGGAAAGUUCAUUUGAAGUGUUGACGAAUAUUAAACGCGUUGCAAACUCAUAUCAACGUCAAUCAUUUGUUUCUCUUUAAUGGUUGAGAGGAAGGAAAUGUCAUCCGUGCCGCAUAGAGCACAUUUGACAAUGAAGUUGACUUGAGCUUGAACGUUUUGUCCAUGGCAAAUCACCCCUUCAAAAAGAUAAGGAUGAAGAUACGACGUAAGACGGCACUUCCGGUUAUUGGCACGUUGCUAUGGUAACCGAGCCUCACCGUGUGCAGAUGAGUUGCUCCUCCCUGCCGACCUGUCAUCAAUUUACAUGAGCUGUGACGUUCAUAUAUGAUUAAUGCAAACUUGUCUACCAGCAAAACUUAAUGCUGUUUAAAAAAAAAUAAAAUAAAGAACGUUAAUGAAG